CAACGAGCAACCCUAACCCUUACUUCGACCCUUUCAACCGCCUCGUCUGCCGUUGGCCUCAGUGCCUGCCGUUGAACGGGGGUUCCCAGAAUCAGCACCGAACAGACCGAACAAACAUGUCGGAACCCAUGGACAUAGACGGCGGUUUGCCCGCAGAGGCAAAGCCUGUUACUGGCCUUCAUCUCAAUGUGCUUUCCGAAACCCAUGAGACGAGAAACAUGCACGGUCUGCGGCACCAGGACUACCAACGCUAUAGACAAUUCUGCGCCAGGAAGAUCGCCCGACUGCGAAAAGUUGGUGGCCUCACCCAAUCCACACCCAAAAAGAAAUACGUCCGCAAGCCGGUCACUGCGGAGCUCGUAACAGGCGAGAAAUCAUUACAGAUUCUCCUCUUCGAGGCCGAGCGAGCAUGGGCGUACGCCAUGGAGAUCAAACAGGAAGUGCGGGACGAGCCGCGGAAGAAGUUUCACAUGAUCAAGCGGUUGAAGCGGGGAGUGGAGGCGGCGAAGAGCUUGCAGCAGCUUUGCGAGACUUGUGCGGAUGAGAGGACUGUGUUGGAUGUUAAGGCGUACGCUGCACUUCUCUCGGCAUACCUCGCUUUCGAACAACAACAUUGGGAGGAUGCCCUCAACAAGUUUGCAGUUGGAAGAACGAUAUACGCGGGACUAUCCAACACUGGGAAUUCCCACCAGGCCACUUUAGCCCAAUCAGCGAUAGACGGGAUAGAUCCCAGCAUAAAAUUCUGUGCGUACAGCUUGAGGAUAUCAGGAGCUCAGACGGUGGAGAUCGAGAAGCUGUUGGAGGCUCAGGAUAAGAAGGCUAGCUUGGGACUCGAUGCGUUGACCGCACAUGUCAAGAACACACUCGCCGAAUUCCGUCAAGAACCGGUCGAAGAUGGAGCGUUCAAAUGGCGCGGCGCGUCGGUUGCGUUUAAGAACGAGAAGAUCAGGCAGGGAAUGGAUGAGGCAAAGAGAAUUUCCGAAACACGCCCUUACACCUUUAUUGGACCGUCGGCGCCUGAGGGAGUCGAGGCUUUGCCGGGAGUUGCUGAUGGCUACGACAUGUUGCUCGCCAAGUGGACGGAAGUGGUGGCGUUGGCCAAGUCGGAUGUUCGGGAGGACGAGAUUGCAGUCAGCAAAGUCAAAUCAUCGAAAAGUGACCAGACAACAGCAGCACUGCGAUGGGUCUUGGUCUACGCCACAUUCCAUCGCCUGCUCACUUUAUUGACGCGGACAAAUCUGAAGGUGGAGCUGACAAAACAGCAAAUCAAAACCCAAGCCCGGGGCACACCCAGGAAGAAGGCAGCUAAACCGGAAGAUGUGCUACGACUUUAUGAUGCCGUAUUGCAGGCUGCAAACGACUUCUUGAAGUACCCAGAAGUGGAAGCGGACGCUGGGCUACACAGCCUGGUGCAAUCGGCUGUUUAUGUCAUCAAGGCGGAGAGAGCUGCAUACCUCGCAGAAACGCUCAGUCGACAAGGCAAGCGCGACGAAGCGACGACGCUCCUCGAGCGCGCCUCCGAACACGCAACGCAAGGCCGAGCGCUGAUCGAGAGCAGCGCUCGUCGUCAGUCAUCCGUCGCGGGUGAGGAUGACGAGGACGACAGCGCCGUCAUUCUGGAGCUCCGGAAAGCGGUCGUUGCUAUCGAUGGCGCUGUCCGUGCUGCAACGGUGCGGGCUCGUGCACAGUCCUACUUGCAGAACAAGGAGGAUGUGGAUACGGUUGCGGACGGCGUUGCAGAUAUGUCGAUCCAGAACGGCAGCCAGGCCAAAGCGCCUCGCCAGCCCCUCAUCUCCAAUCUCGACACCUACAUCCCCACCUUCGACCGCACCAACCCGAACCUUGUCUCAUUCCCGCCCCAACUUGCCCCCGUCCCUUACAAACCCCUCUUCUUCGACAUGGCCUACAACGGCAUCGAUUUCCCCACCCGCAACCUGGCGCGUCGCGCCGAAGGUGCGGAACGCGUCCCUAGGGCGCAGGAUGUCGUGGAGGAGACGAAGGAAACGAGUGGUGGGCUUUUGGGUGUCCUUGGGGGGUUGUGGGGCCGGAAGUAGGGGUGUAGGAUAGCUGUGGUUUGUUGGAUAUAUAUGAAUAGAUGUAUAUUUGGAGUAGAGGAAACCAGUCCGGCAAUUCGCCAACAACAACAGUCGCCGGCCUAUCCACUCGCCGGCCCGUCCCGUCUCCCACCAGUGGAAGGCGGCAUCCCUCAUAGCUCAACUCUGCCAUAUCAUGCAGGCAACAAGCCAAAAUAUUCAAAAAGAAAAAAUCGGAGAAUGGAA